UUUUUCUCUCUUUACCUUUACAUCUACGUAAUAUAUCCAUACAACUUUUGUUUUUUGUAUUAAAUGUCUGGAAAUAAUAUAAAGGUUGUGUGUCGUUUUAGACCACAAAACUCUCUUGAAAUAAGAGAAGGUGGUCAACCUAUCAUUGAUAUUAAUGAAGAAGGUACUCAAGUUGGUAUCAAGGGUGAAUUUACUGGAAGUUUUGCUUUUGAUAAAGUAUUUGGAAUGGAAACCCCCCAAAAGGAUGUAUUUGAUUAUUCUAUUAAAUCCAUUGUUGAUGAUGUGGUUGCUGGUUAUAAUGGUACUGUUUUUGCUUAUGGUCAAACUGGUUCAGGGAAAACUUUCACCAUGAUGGGUGCAGAUAUUGGAGAUGAAAAAACCAAAGGUAUUAUUCCUCGUAUUAUUACACAAAUCUUUGAUAGUAUUAUGGCGGCACCUAGCAAUAUGGAAUUUACAGUCAAAGCUUCUUAUAUGGAAAUCUAUAUGGAAAAAGUGAGAGAUCUUUUGAAUCCAAGUAAUGAUAAUUUGGCUAUUCAUGAAGAUAAAACAAAAGGUGUUUACGUUAAGGAUUUAUUGGAAAUCUAUGUUGGUUCAUCUGAAGAAGUAUAUGAAGUCAUGCGACGUGGUAGUAAUAAUCGUGUGGUUGCAAGUACAAAUAUGAAUGCUGAAAGUUCUCGUUCUCAUUCUAUUGUUGUCAUUACUAUUACUCAAAAGAAUGUUGAUACUGGUGCUGCUAAAAGUGGGAAACUUUACUUAGUGGAUCUUGCUGGUUCUGAAAAGGUUGGCAAAACUGGUGCUACUGGUCAAACUUUAGAAGAAGCAAAGAAAAUUAACAAGUCUUUAACAGCUUUGGGAAUGGUCAUUUAUUCUUUAACUGAUGGAAAGUCAAGCCAUGUGCCCUAUCGUGAUUCCAAAUUAACUCGUAUCUUACAAGAAUCUUUGGGUGGUAACUCUCGUACUACUUUAAUCAUCAAUUGUUCACCUUCUUCUUACAAUGAACAAGAAACUCUUUCUACUUUACGAUUCGGUAUGCGUGCCAAGACCAUCACCAACAAGGCUAAAGUUAAUGCUGAUCUAUCUCCUGCUGAACUUAAGGCUUUAUUGAAACGUGUCAAAUCUGAAACCAUCACUUUUCAAACUUAUAUCUCAGCAUUGGAAGGCGAAGUCAAUGUUUGGCGUAGUGGUGGUACUGUUCCUGAAGAAAAAUGGGUGACAAUGGAUAAAGUGACAAAAGGUGACUUUAAUGCUCUUCCUCCUGCUCCUGGUUUCAAGAGUCCUAUCUCUGAUGAUACUUCAAGACCAACCACUCCUGCUAUUGUUUUGGAAAAAGAUGAACGAGAUGAACUACUCAAACGUGAAAAUGAACUUAUGGAUCAAAUUGCUGAAAAGGAAACUGAAUUGGCAAAUCGUGAAAAAUUAUUAGAAUCUCUCAAGGAAGAAAUGACUUAUUAUAAAGAUCAAGAACAAUUGGUGACCAAGGAAAAUCAACAAAUGACAACAGAACUCACCGAAUUACGACUUCAAUUACAAAAGAUCUCUUACGAAAGUAAAGAAAAUGCCAUCACUGUCGACUCUUUGAAGGAAUCCAAUCAAGAUCUUAUGGCAGAAUUAGAAGAACUCAAGCGAAAUCUUUCUGAAAUGCGUCUUUCUCACAAAGAUGCCACUGAUGAUGAAAAAGAAAAGAAGAAGGCUGAAAAAAUGGCUCAAAUGAUGUCUGGUUUUGAUCCCUCUGGUGAAAUCAAUGAAAAGGAACGACAAAUUAGGGAUGCACUUAACAAACUGGAUGGUGAUACCAAUGGAUCUCUUACUAUUGAAGAAUUGGUUUCUUUAAGACGAGAACUUGCCGAAUCCAAAGUAUUAUUAGAUCAACACUCCAAAUCUAUUGAAGACUUGACAUAUGAAAAGGAUGCUUUGGAUAAGAAGAAAUCUGAUUUGGAAGCUCGUUUGGGAAGUCUUGAAGUCGAAUACGAAGAACUUUUGGACAAGACGAUUGCUGAAGAAGAAGCUCAAGUACAAAAGAAUGUAGAUAUUGCUGAAACAAUUUCAACUCUCAAGGGCAAACUUGAAACUCAAUAUAAUGCCAAACGUGAAAUGCAACAAAAAGAAAUUGAUGAACUCAAGAAGGAAUUGGAUCGAAAGACUGAAAGUCAUCAAAAACUUAGUAGUGCAUUAGCUGAUCUCAAAACAGCCAAUGAUCAACUCCAGGCUGCUUUAUCUGAACAACCCAAUGAAGCUCAAAAUGAUCUUUCCGAACGUGAAAAGGACUUGGAACGUAUGCGCAAGACCAUGGCCAAUCAAUUAGCUGAAUUUGAAGUGAUGAAGAAAGCACUGAUGCGUGAUCUUCAACAACGAUGUGAAAAGGUGGUGGAUUUGGAAAUGUCUUUGGAUGAAACUCGGGAACAAUAUAACAGUGUAUUACGUGCAAGCAACAAUAAGGCUCAACAAAAGAAGAUGGCUUUCUUGGAACGUAAUUUGGAACAAUUAACUAAUGUUCAAAAGCAGUUGGUUGAACAAAAUGCAUCCCUCAAGAAAGAAGUGGCAGUAGCAGAACGUAAAUUGAUUGCUCGAAAUGAACGUAUUCAAAGUCUGGAAACCUUAUUACAAGAUGCUCAAGAAAAAUUGAUCAGUCAAAAUCAAAAAUUCGAAGCACAAAUUCAAGCAGUAAGAGAAAGAUUGGAACAAGCUCGAACUCAAAAAUCUCAAAAUUCAAUGGCUGCUUUGAACUUUGGUCGUAUUGCCAAACCUUUACGUGGUGGAGCUGCAGUUGAAAAUGGCAAUGAUAUACCUACUUCUCCCACUGACAAACGUGAUAAACGAUCUUCUUGGAUUCCUGGAUUUAUAAAUGGUCGUUAAGUAGAAGAUAUUUUUUAUUAUUAUUAUUAUUAUUACUUUGUUUUUUUUUUGAUUUUUUUAUAUUAUUUUUAUUACUACCCCUUUUAUAUAUCUAUCUGCCUUAUAUAACAAAUUGUUUUCUCCCCAUUAUAUAUACAUAUAUAUUCCCCAAUUUUCUUCUUCUUCUUCUUCUAGUUAUUUAUUUUUAUUUAUCACCAAUCUUUUGGUUGAUAUUAUCGUAUUUUAUUUGGAAAAAAAAAUCUUUUUU